GCGGCGGAGGAGGAGGAGAAAGAGGCGGCGGCGGCUGAGGCGACUGAGAUUGGGGAGUCCGAACGGGGGAGGCCGGUGCUGGUGGCGGUUGUCCUCUGGGGUGGGGUGCGAGGGGUGUCGCCUUCGUCGUCACCAUCCUCCUCCCCGUCACCCGUGAGGGAGGUGCGCGCGGCCCCGCCCGCGGAGGGCAGCGAGGAGCGCCGGCGGCCUCCGGCCCGGCCCGCCCUCGCCGCCUCCCUUCGGCCCUCCCCGCACCGGAGCGGACUGGGCGGGCGCAGGGCGGGCGAGGGGCCUUGGCGGCGGCGGCAGCGACAUCGGCCGCGGAGAACGAGAAGGACCUGAAGGUGAUCCAUGCUGAAAAGGCUCCAUUCAUACAGAUGAGCCCAGGGUCGAGGUGGCACUUUAAACCCAGAUAGUCGGUUGGCUAACUGCCCAGCAGAAUGCCAUCCACCAGCCGAGCGGGCAGCCUGAAGGACCCCGAGAUUGCAGAGCUCUUCUUCAAAGAAGACCCAGAGAAGCUCUUCACGGAUCUCCGAGAGAUCGGCCAUGGAAGCUUUGGAGCUGUUUAUUUUGCACAUGAUGUGCGCACCAAUGAAGUGGUGGCCAUCAAGAAAAUGUCUUACAGUGGGAAGCAAUCCAAUGAGAAAUGGCAGGAUAUCAUUAAAGAAGUCAAGUUCCUACAAAGAAUUAAACAUCCAAACAGUAUAGAAUACAAAGGCUGCUAUUUGCGGGAGCAUACAGCAUGGCUUGUUAUGGAAUACUGUUUAGGAUCAGCAUCAGAUUUAUUAGAAGUCCAUAAAAAGCCAUUGCAAGAGCUGGAAAUUGCUGCAAUUACCCACGGUGCUCUCCAAGGUUUAGCAUACUUGCAUUCUCACAACAUGAUCCAUAGAGAUAUCAAGGCAGGAAACAUCCUACUGACGGAACCAGGCCAGGUGAAACUCGCUGACUUUGGAUCUGCUUCCAUAGCAUCUCCUGCCAAUUCGUUUGUGGGGACACCAUAUUGGAUGGCCCCGGAAGUGAUUUUAGCCAUGGAUGAAGGGCAAUAUGAUGGUAAAGUUGACGUGUGGUCACUUGGGAUAACGUGUAUUGAAUUAGCGGAAAGGAAGCCUCCCUUGUUUAAUAUGAACGCAAUGAGUGCCUUAUAUCACAUAGCGCAGAAUGAAUCCCCUACACUCCAGUCCAAUGAAUGGUCUGAUUAUUUUCGAAACUUUGUAGAUUCUUGCCUCCAGAAAAUCCCCCAAGACAGGCCUACAUCGGAGGAGCUCCUGAAGCACGUGUUUGUCCUCCGGGAGCGCCCUGAGACAGUGUUAAUAGACCUGAUCCAGAGAACAAAGGAUGCAGUCAGAGAACUGGACAAUCUUCAGUAUCGCAAGAUGAAGAAACUCCUCUUCCAGGAGGCGCACAACGGGCCCGCGGUGGAAACCCAGGAGGAAGAGGAGGAGCAAGACCACGGCAUGGGCCGGACGGGAACAGUGAACAGUGUCGGGAGCAACCAGUCCAUCCCCAGCAUGUCCAUUAGUGCCAGUAGCCAAAGCAGUAGUGUUAAUAGUCUUCCAGAUGCCUCGGACGACAGGAGCGAGCUGGACAUGAUGGAGGGUGACCACACGGUGAUGUCCAACAGCUCCGUCAUCCACUUGAAGCCGGAUGAAGAAAACUACAGGGAGGAUCCGGACCCCCGAUCGAGAGCGUCGGAACCCCAAGUGUCUCCACCCCAAGUGUCUCGCCACAGAUCCCACUACCGCAACCGAGAGCACUUUGCUACUAUACGCACAGCGUCACUGGUGACGAGGCAGAUGCAGGAGCACGAGCAAGACUCGGAGCUCCGGGAGCAGAUGUCCGGCUACAAGCGGAUGCGGCGGCAGCACCAGAAGCAGCUGAUGGCCCUGGAGAACAAGCUGAAGGCCGAGAUGGACGAGCACCGCCUGCGGCUGGACAAGGACCUGGAGACCCAGCGCAACAACUUUGCGGCGGAGAUGGAGAAGCUCAUCAAGAAGCACCAGGCGGCAAUGGAGAAGGAGGUAGGGGGCAGCUGCUUCCGCACAGCUUCUCCGGCGAAAAUCAUGGCCAACGAAGAGAAGAAGUUUCAGCAGCACAUUCAAGCCCAGCAGAAGAAAGAGCUGAACAGCUUCCUGGAAUCCCAGAAAAGAGAGUAUAAACUGCGCAAGGAACAGCUCAAAGAGGAGCUGAAUGAGAACCAGAGCACUCCCAAGAAGGAGAAGCAGGAGUGGCUGUCCAAGCAGAAGGAGAACAUCCAGCACUUCCAGGCGGAGGAGGAGGCCAACCUGCUCCGGCGGCAGCGGCAGUACUUGGAGCUGGAGUGCCGCCGCUUCAAGCGGCGGAUGCUGCUGGGGCGCCACAACCUGGAGCAGGACCUUGUCCGGGAGGAGCUGAACAAGCGCCAGACACAGAAGGACCUGGAGCAUGCCAUGCUGCUGCGCCAGCACGAGUCCAUGCAAGAGCUGGAGUUCCGGCACCUCAACACCAUCCAGAAGAUGCGCUGCGAGCUCAUCCGGCUCCAGCACCAGACAGAGCUCACCAACCAGCUGGAGUAUAACAAGCGGCGGGAGAGGGAGCUGCGGCGCAAGCAUGUCAUGGAGGUGCGGCAGCAGCCCAAGAGCCUCAAGUCUAAAGAGCUCCAGAUCAAGAAGCAGUUCCAGGAUACGUGCAAGAUCCAGACCCGGCAGUACAAGGCGUUGCGGAACCACCUGCUGGAGACCACCCCCAAGAGUGAGCACAAGGCUGUCUUGAAGAGGCUCAAGGAGGAGCAGACCCGAAAGCUGGCCAUCCUGGCAGAGCAGUACGACCACAGCAUCAAUGAGAUGCUCUCCACGCAGGCUCUGCGAUUGGACGAGGCGCAGGAAGCAGAGUGUCAGGUCUUGAAGAUGCAGCUGCAGCAGGAACUGGAGCUGCUCAACGCCUAUCAGAGCAAGAUCAAGAUGCAGGCAGAGGCUCAGCACGACCGGGAGCUGCAUGAGCUGGAGCAGCGGGUGUCCCUGCGCAGGGCCCUCCUGGAGCAGAAGAUCGAGGAGGAGAUGCUGGCCUUGCAGAACGAGCGCACAGAGCGGAUCCGAAGCCUGCUGGAGCGCCAGGCCCGGGAGAUUGAGGCGUUUGACUCGGAGAGCAUGCGGCUGGGCUUCAGCAACAUGGUCCUCUCGAACCUCUCCCCAGAGGCGUUCAGCCACAGCUACCCGGGAGCUUCCAGCUGGUCCCACCACCCUUCUGGGGGCGCAGGGCCCCACUGGGGUCACCCCAUAGGUGGUCCGCCGCAAGCAUGGGGCCACCCAAUGCAGGGCGGCCCCCAGCCAUGGGGUCACCCCUCUGGGCCCAUGCAGGGGGUCCCCCGGGGGAGCUCGCUGGGGGUCCGCAACAGCCCCCAGGCUCUGAGGCGGACGUCCUCCGGGGGACGGACGGAGCCGGGCAUGAGCAGGAGCACGAGCGUCACGUCGCAAAUAUCCAAUGGGUCACACAUGUCUUAUACAUAAUAGCUUCGAGAGGUCUGUCCCUGAGGGUGGCAAGUCCACUGGAGCUGUCUGCCAACAGAAGCUGCCAAGGGGCAACCCCACCCCCCUCCCUGGGAGCCCAGACCCGGGCAGCACGGACUCCGGGUGCUGACUGGCGAGCGUGUUCAUUUCGGGCAGCAUUUAAUGUUUUGGGUUUACUAAUUGGGAUGUCAUAGUAUUUGGCUGCAGAGUCUCUCUUAGCUUCUUUAAGAAAAAGGAAAGAUUAUUUUAAAGAAAGCGGUUUGGAGUCUGGGAGAGAGGUGCAGCUUUUCCAGUGGCAAGGGGUCAGGGGAGGCCAUUCUCUCUAACAGAGGGAAGGAAGGAAGGAAGGAAGGAAGGAAGGAAGGAAGGAAGGAAGGAAGGAAGGAAGGAAGGAAGGAAGGAAGGAAGGAAGGAAGGGUCGGUCUCCCCUAUUCCAAGCUCCUGGUGAAUUAGGCACAUUGGGAGGGCAAACCCCGUGGGUUCUUGGUUCUCUCUCUCUGUAUUUAAAUGCCCCUCCCCUCCCCCUGCUUCAUUGCUACGAAGGGACUCGGGGGAAGGUGUGCCACUAAAGAGAGGAGGUCCAGGAGGGCGAGGGGAACCGCGCCUGCUGAUAGAAGCUGGGGGGGGGGAGAAAGGGGGCAAGCAGACAGCUCUGGACACUCCACCCCCCCUGCUGGCGCAUGCUGUCUCCCCGUUGCACUAAGGUGAAGCCGCUCGCUUGGAGCACACCUGAUUGCUUGGACAGAACUGCACUAGUCAAAUGCACCUGCUAGAAACCUGUUUGCAGUUCAGCCCAACAGGCUGUGUUGUGUUGUGUGUGUGUGUGUGUGUGUGUGUGUGUGUGUAUGGUUGUGUGGUUGCUGGAGGGGGAAGAGGCAAGGCCAGGGAGGGUCUGCUCUUUUCUAGCUUAAUACUGUGACAUCUCACGUUAGUCAAGCAUCAGAACAAUUCGCGAGGCGCCCGGGAUCGCACCCCCUCCCCUGCCUGCCUGCCUGCUCUGCUCUUCAGAAACUUCUAUAUAUAUAUAUAUAUAUAUAAAAGACUUUCAAACCAGCCAGUCCAAAUUUCCAGAGGUAUUGUGAUUGAUGCCAUAAGUUUCAGACAUGCCAUUUAGGGCAGGCAAGGAGAUCUCUCUCUCCUUUCUGACACUACAUAUUUUAUUUUAUUUUAUGCCAGAUUUAUUUGGGGGGGGGGGCUAACCUUGGGCUUGCCACAGUUUUUCCCUCGUUUACAUGUAAAGCUGUAGCCAACGUGUUUCCAAGUGUGUUUUAGUUGCCAUGGGGCGGGGGGGGGGGUUCGCCUCUCUUUCCCUGCUGCUGACCAGCCUGUUAAGCUGCCUCCAUUGACGUUUUGAGUUCUCGGGAGGUGGGGGACCCCCCCACACACCGUUUUUAAAAGCCAUUUGCAACUGCUUUUGGUGACCUUUUGCCCAGAGGCUCUGCUUCCAAAGAGCCUCUGUACAUGCUCACACACACAUAUGUAGAUUUCUGGGGCUGGAGGACAAGGUUUUUGGGAGAGCUAGACACACCCCUCUCCUUUUGCGCUCAGGAUCUUUGGGACCUCAGUUGCCAAGGCAGCAAAAGAGGUACCGUGACUCAACCCCGGGGCUAAGCAGGGAGCAGCUUGGCCUGAGGUUACAAGGAAAGGAAAAGAAAGAAAGAGAUUCUCACUACAGGAGCUGCUUCCCUCAGCUAUUCUUUGUAAAAAAAAAAUUAAAAAAUCCCUUGCACAUUUAAGCAAAUGAAACACUAGCUAACUAACUCUAGAAUUUUUUAUUUUGCCUUUUAACACAUCUUAUAGGGCUCAGAAUUGCAAGGUUUCUUCCGAAUGUGUUUGGUGUCCAACGCGACAUCCUUGUAUAGAAAAAUACUCUAAUGUCUUUCACACUGCAGCUCAGUUCCUUUUUUUAUCAGUGUGACUUCUCCUUUUUUAAAAAAAAAUCUUAGCUAAAUUAAAAAAACAACCACUCCAGAUCCUCUCUCUCUCUCUCUCUCUCUCUCUCCUUCUUUCCCUCCCUCCCCCUCUCUCCCCCUCCAGAUCUUUGGUUGAUCAUAGCACUGGGAACAAGCAGGAGGCCACUAAGCCAAAUCAGCUCCUUCCAAGGGCGGGGGGGGGGGGAGAGGGAUGGGUGAGGAGAAUCUUGACUUGGGCACCAUUGUCCUCCACUUAGCAUAUUAGUGACUCUCUGGAAAGGGUUGCAGUGGGCAAACCCCCUUUUGCCUAUGUGUUCUGUGUAUCUCCGUGAGAAAGAUCUCAGUAGUGCUCAGAUCCUUCCUAGCGAAACUAACUUAACAGAGAGGACAACUCUCAUCCCUCUUCUCUUUUCCAGUUGACAUGAAAUUUGAACUAGUUAACUUAUUUUUAGAAGGGGGAGGGGAGAGCGGAAAAGAAGAACAUUGUCAUUUAACUCCAAAAGGCCCUUCCACCCUAGACAACCUGGAAUGGGUCUCCAUUUCUAGGCAGUACCACAUCAGUAACAUGGUGCUAAUAUUGAAUGUUUUUCUCUGGGUGGGGGCAAAGAGGGGAACACCUCUCGUUCCCAAGCAUGUCCACAAACACACAGACCAAGGAGCAAUGAUAUGAGCCAGCCUUGGCCAAGCUGGGACCCUCUGCCUGCUUCGGACUACAACUCCCAUCAGCUGAAGCCGCUGGAGAGCCCCAAUUUGGUGGGGGCUGAAUUAUGAGCGGUACUUGAGAACCCCCUCCCUGUCGCUUCAUUCAUGCAUUUUUUGCUUGCAUCGAUGAUGACAUUUUGGGCAGGCUCAACACUGGGAGGGGGGGUGGGAGUGUUCUUUCCUAAAAUCAUCUUGUUUGUGUGAUGCAAAACAAGGCCUGACUGCUGCCUCCUUCACCCCCCCCCUUCCAUGCUGCCCCAUUUCAAUAUUAGUGCUUUUUAAAAAAAGAGAAUUGUGGUCUUGUACCCCACCCCACCCCCAAAUGUAUAUCUCAUCACGUGCCAGACCCUGGACUUAUUCAAGGAAUUAAUAUUUUAAUUAAAAUAGUUUGCAAAAACUGCAUCAGAUCCAUUGGUCUAAAUGGUGUGUGUGUGUGCAUAUUUGCAGGUGUGUGUGUGUGCUGAGAGGGCCUGAGCAAACCAGAAAUCCCCACUGAGGGAAGCCAUUUGCAUUUUUAAUUCCAUCCGGAUACAGGUUCUAUUUCCUGUUUCCUGUGAUGGGUCAGUAAGAAAGCCAGAUUUUAAAUUUGUGCUUUUUUUCCUGCUUUCUGAAAUGAUUGGCAAACCGGAUAGAUGUUUGAGAAAAUCUCAACCUUCCAGCCGUGUUCUUCAGCCUUGGGUCCCCAGAUGAUCAGGGAUGAUGGGAGUUGUAGUCCAACAACUUCAGGGGACCCAACUUUGAAGAGCGUUGUGUGGUCUACUUGCAUCCCUCCCCUUCCCCCCCCCCAAAAAAAGCUUGUUAGCAUCGUUCAUUCAUUUCAUAUUUAUCCCUAGAAGCUGCCUUCUGGUGUUCUCCCUCCCUCCCUCCCAUUUAUUUAUUUUUAGCUGAAGAAUCUGGGGCCCUCUAGACUUCUAUGCACUACAGCUCUCGCCACGGUCCCUGUCCAUUAUCCCUGCUGGCUGAUGAGUAACAUCUGCAAGGGACAACAGGCUCCCCUCCCUUGACUUGUGGUGGAGGAGCAUCUCUUCAUCUUUCUCCCGGUGGCCUUACUCAGCCUUCUCCACAAUGUCCUGACAUCAGCAGUGGAAUCUGCAAAGCCGCCUUUAGGCCACCUGGCCCCCUUCAAGAGCUUUGGGCAGGGCGGGUGGGAGUUGUAGUUUAAAACAUCUGGAGGGCACCAGGUGGGCAAAAAGACCGUUGUAAAGGAACAAGUCCAAACUGCAACUGCCUUGAGCAACAGGAGCUGUAGGAGCAAUUUCAGGUGGGAGCCUACCUUCUCUUUGGGGCUUUGAAGCAGCUUCCCUCCUCUCUAUACAUUUUUUUGAGAAAAUAAAAUCCCACCGAGUUGCCUAGUCCAACCCUCUACUAUGCUCUCCAACUUCCUAGCUUUCUGUUUUGAGGGUGGUAGAGCCAGAGCAGUCUGGCAUCUUGUGACAUCUGUUUUUUAAAAAGCCACAACGCCCCCCCCC